GUUCUGUGACAGAUUCUGAGGACCGAAGCCGCGUGGGGAGAGAGGGCAAGGGGCAGGCUCCUGGCCACGCGUCUGCUCAGGAUCCGGACAGCAGAGAUGGAGAAGGAGGAGGAGACAACGCGGGAGCUGCUGCUGCCCAACUGGCAGGGCAGCGGCUCACACGGGCUGACCAUCGCGCAGAGGGACGACGGUGUGUUUGUACAGGAGGUGCGGCAGGACUCGCCCGCCGCCCGUGCCGGUGUGGUCCAGGAGGGGGACCAGAUCGUGGGCGCCACCAUCUACUUCGACAAUCUGCAGUCGGGGGAGGUGGCGCAGCUGCUGAGCACCGUGGGCCGCCACACCGUCGGCCUGAAGCUGCACCGUCCGGGUGACCGCUCCCCUGAGCCCGGCCAGGCCUGGGUGCAUGAGGCCCUGGGCUCCCACGGCCCCGAGGUGGUUCUGAGUGGGGCCGACGAGGAGUACCAGCGCAUCUACGCCACCAAGAUCAAGCCACGGCUGCGCUCGGAGGACGGGGUGGCAGGGGAUCCUGGGGAGACCCAGAGCCGCACUAUCACUGUGACUAGGAGGGUCACAGCCUACACUGUGGAUGUCACUGCUCCAGAAGGAGCCAAGGACAUUGACAUCAGCAGCCCUGAGUUUAUGGUGAAGAUUCCAAGGCAUGAAGUGACCGAAAUCUCAACUGUGGAUGUGGAGACACGGCCUGGGAAAACGGUGAUCAAGCUGCCCCCAGGGCCAGAGCUCCAGGGUGCCGUCACCUCAAAAGUCCAGGUUUCUGUGCCUGGUGUCCAGGUGGGGAGCCCGAGUAUCAGUGUUAGUGCAAAGGGUGCGGACUCAGGGGGCAGGGCAGCUGUCCACAUGCCUGGAGGGGAUGUCCUGUCCUCUCUUGGGGCUGGGGCAGCGGAGGAGAACAGUGGGAAAGUUAAAAUUCCUACCCUGAAGAUGCCAAAGUUUGGGGUUUCGCCUGAGGGCCGGGCACCCGGGGGCAGCAGGAGCAUCCAGGGUCCUCACGUGGGUGUCAGCAUCGCAGGGACAGAAGGGGAGCCAUGGGGCCCACAGGUCACUGGGCCGUCCCUGGAGGGCGAAUUAGGCCUGAAGGGGGCCAAGCCACUGGGGAACAUCGGAGUGGAUGUCUCUGCCCCCCAAAUCGAGGGUGGUGUCACAGGCCCCCACGUGGAGGUGCGAGCCCCUGGUGUUGGUGUGAACGUGCCCAAGGUGAAGGGCUCUCAGUUCUCUGUGCCCACAUCGAAGGCAGAGGGAGCUGACCAUGUGACACUGCCCACGGGGGAAGUGACUCUUCCAGGGGUCUCUGGGGGUGUCAGCCUGCCCGAGGAUGCCGCUGGUGGGCUGGAAGUAAAGGUGAAGGGUGCCAAGGUGAAGACUCCUGAAACGAUUGUUCAGAAACCCAAAAUCUCCAUGCAGGAUGUGGAUCUGAGCCUCAGGUCCCCCAAGCUAAAAGGAGACAUUAGAGUUUCUGCUCCCGAGGUAAAGGGUGAAGGGACCGGCCCCCAAGUGGCACUGAAAGGCUCCAGGAUGGACAUAGAGACACCAGACAUGGCAGGAACCUUGUCCGGCCCCAAGCUUGGCGGUCCUUCAGGGAAGACAGGCACGUGUAGGAUCUCCAUGGCGGAGGUGGACUUGAACGUUGCUGUGCCUAGAGCGAAAGGGGGUGUGGACGUCACACUCCCGAAAGUAGAACAGAAGGUCAAGGUGCCUGAAGCUGAUAUCAGAGGUCUCGGAGUAGGUGUCAGUGGCCCAGAGUGGAACCUAAAAAUGCCCCAAGUGAAGAUGCCUGCAGUCAGCACUCCAGAAAUCAAGGGGGAAUCCCCGUGUGUGGACCUGGCUAUCCCCAAAGGGGAUGUCAGUGUUUCAGGGCCGAAGGUCAGUGUGGAAGUGCCAGGGUUCCAUAUGGAGGGAAUCGGAGGCAAACUUAGAGGGCCUGAUGGCAAGCUGCCGGAAGUGGCUGUGAACCUGCCUGGUGCAGAUCUGCAUGCUGAAGGGAUGAUGGUCAAAGGGGAGUGUGAUCCAACAGUACCAAAGCUUGAAGCAGAGGUGCAAGGCCCCAAAGUGGAUAUCAGUGCCCCAGAUGUGGAUGUUCAUGGCCCAGACUGGCAGCUGAAGAUGCCCAAGAUGAAAAUGCCCAAGUUCAGCAUGCCUGGCUUCAAAGCAGAGGGCCCUGAGGUGGGUGUGAACCUGCCCAAGGCCGAUGUGGACAUUACUGGGCUCAAGGUGGAGGCUGGUGCUCCAGAUGUGAGCCUUGAGGGACCAGAUGGGAAGUUGAAAGGACCCAAGUUUAAGAUGCCGGAAAUGAACAUCAAGGCUCCCAAGAUCUCCAUGCCGGAUGUGGACUUACAUCUGAAAGGUCCUCAUGCAAGGGGAGAAUAUGAUGUCACAGUGCCAAGAGUUGAAGGUGAUAUUAAAGUACCUGAUGUUGAACUUAAAAUGGCCAAAGUGGACAUUGAUGUCCCAGAUGUGGAAGCUCAGGGCCCAGACUGGCACCUAAAGAUGCCCACGAUGAAAAUGCCUAAGUUUGGCAUGCCCAAAGUCAAAGCAGAGAGUCCAGAAGUGGAUGUGAGCCUGCCUAAGGCCAGCAUAGAUGUCUCAGGCCCCAAAGUGCAGGUGGGAGCUCCGGAUGUGAAUGUUGAAGUCCCUGAAGGGAAGCUGAAGGGACCUAAGAUUAAGAUGCCAGAGGUGAACAUCAAGGCCCCGAAGAUCUCCAUGCCUGAUGUGGAUCUGCAUAUGAAAGGUCCAAAGGCAAAGGGGGAAUACAGCAUUACAGUGUCAGAGGUGGAAGGGGACCUGCAAAGCCCCAAAAUAGAUGUCAGUGCUCCAGAUGUGGAUGUUCAUGGUUCUGAUUGGAGUUUGAAAAUGCCGAAGAUUAAAAUGCCUAAGUUCAGCAUGCCCAGUCUCAGAGGAGAGGGCUCAGAAGUGGAUGUAAACCUGCCCAAAGCUGACUUGGACAUUUCUGCACCAAAGGUUGAUCUCAGUGCCCCAGAUCUGAGCUUUGAAGGAGGAGAAGGGAAGUUGAAAGGCCCAAAGUUUAAGAUGCCAGAGAUGCACUUCAAGGCUCCAAAGAUGACUCUACCAGAUGUUGACAUGGAUCUUAAAGGACCGAAAGUGAAAGGAGAUCUAGAUAUCUCCCCACCAAAAACAGAGGGUGAGAUAAAAAUUCCAGAUGUGGACAUCAAAGGGCCUAAAGUGGACAUCGAUGUUCCGGAUGUGGAUGUGAAAGGCCCAGACUGGCACCUGAAGAUGCCCAAGAUGAAAAUGCCCAAGUUCAGCAUGCCUGGCUUCAAAGCAGAAGGUCCUGAGGUGGAUGUGAACCUGCCCAAGGCCGACAUUGAUGUCUCAGCGCCCAAGGUGGACAUUGAAGGACCUGAUGUCAGCAUUGAAGGGCCAGAAGGAAAGCUGAAAGGCCCCAAGUUCAGGGUGCCUGAGCUGAACAUCAAGGCCCCGAAGGUCUCCAUGCCUGAUGUUGACCUACAUUUGAAAGGACCUAAAGUAAAAGGAGAUUUUGAUGUGUCUGUCCCCAAGGUUGAAGGUACUUUCAAAGGCCCCGAGGUUGAUCUUAAGGGCCCAGGCCUGGAUUUUGAAGGACCUGAUGCCAAACUCAGUGGCCCUAAUUUGAAGAUGCCAUCACUGGACAUAUCCGCUCCUAAAGUAACUGUUCCUGAUGUUGAUCUGCACUUGAAGAUGCCUAAAAUUGGAGUUUCUGGUCCCAAAUUAGAAGGUGGUGAAGUAGACCUCAAGGGGCCUAAGGUUGACUUGGAAGCUCCAAGCUUAGAUGCGCACGCGGAGGGCCCAGAUGUUAACAUUGAGGGGCCAGAUGUGAAAAUUCCCAAGUUUAAGAAACCCAAGUUUGGAUUUGCAGCAAAAGGCCCUCAAGCUGACAUCAAGCCUCCUUCCCUGGACGUGACGCUGCCCGAGGCAGAGCUGAGUGUGGAGACUCCUGAGGUUGGUGUUGGUGGCAAGGGCAAGAAAAGCAAGUUCAAGAUGCCCAAGCUGCACAUGAGUGGCCCUAAGGUGAAGGCCAAGAAGCAGGGCUUUGAUCUGAAUGCUGCCGGGGGUGAAAUUGACGCCGGCCUCAAGGCCCCCGAGGUGGAUGUCAGUGUUGCUGGCCCACAUGGUGCACUGAAAGUUGAUGCAAAAUCUCCCAGAACCAAGAAGACUAUGUUUGGGAAAAUGUACUUUCCAGAUGUAGAGUUUGACAUUAAAUCACCGAAAUUUAAAGCUGAGGCCCCCCUCCCCAGCCCCAAGAUGGAGGGUGCAAUCCACAUACCAGAUCUGGACCUCUCUUCACCCGGGAUCAAUGUGGAGGGUCCAGAUGUUACAGUGAAGGCUCCCACGCUCAAGAUGCCAGCAGUAGACAUCUCAGGGCCGAAGAUAGAAGGGGACUUGAAAGGCCCCAAGGUGCAGGCCAAGUUAGGGGCACCUGACGUUACCAUCGAAGGCCCAGAUUCCAAAGUCAAAGCACCGUCUUUUGGUAUUUCCACCCCACAGGCCUCCAUGCCUGGUGUGAAUGUUGACUUGAAAGGACCAAAGAUAAAGGGUGACAUCCCCAGUGUGGGACUCCAAGGACCAGGCGUAGAUCUGCAAGGUCCAGAAGCAAAAAUCAAGUUCCCCAAGUUUUCAGUGCCCAAGGUUGGCAUCCCUGGUGUUAGUGUGGAGGGUGGGGGUGCUGAGGGUGGGGUCCAGCUGCCCUCUCUUGAGGGAGGCCUGGGUACUCCGGAUGUCAGGCUCCAAGGGCCCAAGGUUGCGCUUGUGGGGCCGGGUGUGGAUCUGCCUUCCAUGAGCCUCUCUAUGCCUGAAGUCUCUGGGCCUGACCUUGAUCUGAAUGUGAAAGGACCAAGUUUGAAGGGAGAGCUGGACGCCUCCAGUCCUGGUGUGAAGGUGCAGGGCCCAGGCCUUGCCCUUGGAGGCGGUGCCGGGAAGGUGCAGAUGUGGGGAGAUGGUGUGAAAGUGCCAGGCGUCGAGGUUGGGGCCCCAGAUGUGACACUGAAGGGACCAAGCCUACAGAGAGACCUGGCCGUCUCAGGUGACAUCAAGGGUCCUAAGAUCUCCAUGGGCGCUGGGGACCUGAAUGUGGAGACACCAGAAGUCGGAAUUAAUCUUCCCCAAAUGAAGCUUCCUCAGUUUGCCAUCUCCACGCCAGGGUCUGAUGUGGAUGUUGGCGUCAAGGGGGCACAAGUCAGGGGAGACCUCAAGGGGCAGGGUGUGGAUGUGAGCCUGACAGGGCCACAGCUCUCUGCAUCUGACGUGGACUUUAAUUUGCGGGGACCAAAAAUGACAGGGAGCCUUGGGGCCACUGGAGAGGUGAAAGGGGUUCUUCCGGGAGUCAGCGUUCAAGGCCUAGAGGGAAACCUGCAGGUGCCUGGAGUGAUGGCCUCUGGAGGUGGAGUGGCCCUGCCUGGUGUGACGAUGACGCUCCCAACGGGGCAGACUGCUGGUCCUGACAUCACAGGUGGCCUGAAGGGCUCCGGGAUGGAUCUCCAUGGGGCCACACCUGAGGUCAGUGUCAGGGGGCCUGCCUUCAGCGCAUUCUCCCCAGAGUCAGAUUUCAGUGUCAGCCUGAAGGGCCCGAAAGUCAAAGGUGGUGUGGAUGUGUCAGGGGGUAUUGGCAGCCCUGAUCUCAGCCUGGGUGAGGGGCAUCUCAGUGUCAAAGGCUCCGGGGCAGAGUGGCGGGGACCGCAAGUCUCCUCAGCUCUCAGUGCAGGCUCUCACGGACCAAAGUUGGAAGGAGGUGUGAAAGGGGGCGAGCUUGGGCUGGGUGUGUCUGGGCCCCAGGGCCACAUGGAGAGCGGGUCCGGAAGAGUGACAUUCCCCAAGAUGAAGAUCCCCAAGUUCACUUUCUCUGGCCGGGAGCUGGUUGGCCGAGAGGUGGGCGUGGACGUCACGUUUCCUGAGGCGGAGGCUGCUGGGCACGCUGGUGCCAUGGAAGGUGAAUGGGAAGAGUCUGAGGUUAAGCUGAAGAAGUCCAAGAUCAAGAUGCCAAAGUUCACCUUCUCCAAGGGCAAGGGCAAGGGCAGCGCUGCAGGCUCGCCAGAGGCGUCCAUCUCUGGGUCCAAAGGGGACCUGAAGAGCUCCAAGGCCAGCCUGGGGUCCCUGGAGGGAGAAGUGGAGGUGGAGACGUCGUCCCCCAAAGGCAAGUUCUCUCUGUUUAAGAGCAAGAAGCCGAGGCACCGCUCGAGCUCCUUCAGUGAGGACCGGGAGCUCGCUGGGCCUUCCACCCCGACGGGGACUCUGGAGUUCGAGGGCGGGGAGCUGUCUGUGGAAGGAGGGCGGGUGAAAGGCAAACAUGGCAAGCUGAAAUUCGGUACCUUUGGCGGGUUGGGGUCGAAGAGCAAAGGUCACUAUGAGGUGACCGGGAGUGACGAGGAAGCAGGCAAGUUGCAGGGCAGUGGCGCGUCCUUGGCCUCAAAGAAGUCCCGACUGUCCUCCUCCUCCAGCAAUGACAGUGGGACGAAGGUGGGUGUCCAGCUUCCAGAUGUGGAGCUGGCGGUGUCUGCCAAGAAGGAGUAGCUGAAGAAGGAGUAGCCGCCACACUUGUGCACACCUGUGUAGACCCAGCCUGCAAGUGCUGUGGAAACAAACCCCAGAGUGCAGAGCCAGCCUCUCCCGGCACCAGUGGCGGCCCUGGCAUGACCGCCGCCUGAACUCCUGGACAGCACGCUCCGUGAGGUUCAGUUUGCCGGCCCUGGGCAGAGCCAGCAGUAUUUGCCUUAAGAUUUCAGUUUUCUUUCUCUUGGUUUUUUUUUGCAUUGAACGCUGAGAGCUCCUGUUUACUAAGCAAGCUUUUGUGUUUAUUAUCCUCAUUUGUACCAAACAUUUUUAGUGUUGGGGAAACGGACACCCACUGUUCUAUAUUGUAAUGACUUUCGGGGCUUUUGGUGAGGGAGGGGGGAAGCAGUGGGGGCUGAGUUGUCACCCUCCUGGGAUGGGAUCUCUGCCAACGGCCACAGCCCAUGCGGCCCCAACAGCUGGCAGCUGCCGGGCGUCUGCUGUGCUCCCCACAGCUCCCUGGUGGUGGGUGAUGGUCCCGGCCAUCUUGGUGUCAGGAGGGAGGGAACUAGGAUCUGGGUGUGAGUUACUCAGCCCGCAGCUGGACAUGAGGGGGUCCCAUCCUGUGUUCUGUAAGAGAAACGUUCCAUCCAUGACCAGCAUGCUCCUGAUGGUAGUUCUGAUUUCUUUUAACAAAUGUUAUGAUUUAAAACAUUUCUGGCACUUUAAUGGCAAAAUUAAUUGAGAAUGUAAGGACGUGAACGCUGUACAAGGUAAAUAAAGCUGUUUAUUAACCCUCA